UGAUGCAGUGAGCAGCAGUCAGUCAGUCAGCAGUGAUCAGCGGCGGUGACAGCAGCGGUGACAGCAGCAGUCGCACGCGGUGACAACCGCCGCGGCCACCGGCCAACGCUGUUAUUGUUAUUGUAUGUUUAUUGAUAACAAGCGAUUGACGGGGUUGGUUGGCCUGCCUGAGGUGUGAGGCCUUACGCCUGUUGCAACUUGACCGUGCACCUGCACACAGUACUAGCAUUCUUAUUCGCCUACGGCUCCCGCACGCGCGCACACGUCUCGGCUCACCGAUCCGCGUCAACAUCGUCAUCAACUCUUCAAGCUUUCCCGGAUUUUCAUCACUUUUCCUGUCAUUUUCUCUAUCAUUGACACCUUCCUUUCCCUAACCCUUUCUUUCUCUUUUUCUUUCUUCCCUAUUAUCCUUCUGCUUGUUCUAUCCUUUCGUUGUGUAGUGUGUGACGCUUUUGGGAUCGCAAUGGUCAUACCGGCCAUUCUGUGUACUUCGUUCACUCUGUUUACAGCUGCUACUCCUUUCACAUUAACAUUAGCUCCACAUGGUGACUGCACACUGUGUUGUCCUGUCAUUUGGCGAAAAAAUGUCAAAUUCAAUCUUUAUACAAGGCGAAAUCCGGAAAAGCCUUACCAGAUAAUAAUGGAUGACUAUACCGGUGUGCAAACGUCACCUAUCAGGAAAGAAAACCCAACAGUCAUCUACAUCCAUGGUUUCACGGAAUUAGACGGGGGUCACAGCACUACAACCAUAAGGAAAGCGUACUUGAAGCGAGGCGACUACAACGUGCUGAUCGUGGACUGGUCGACACUGUCGGCGUUUCCGUGGUACGAGCACGCCGUGGCCAACACGCCUGGUGUGGGCAAAUACGUGGCGCAGUUCCUGCACUUCCUCACGCUGGCCGGCGGACUCACGCUCGCCACGCUGCAUGUCGUUGGCUUCAGCCUUGGCGCAGAGAUCGCCGGAUUCAUCGGCAAGAGCAUGAAGGCUGGAGGACGUCUUCCCCGAAUCACCGGUCUAGACCCGGCGUUCCCUCUGUACAUGUUCAGCAACAUGCGUGGCCAUUUGUCACCGAGCGACGCCGAGUUUGUGGACGUGAUCCACACGGACGGCGGCGUGUUCGGCUUCCCCGUGCCUCUCGGUCACGCUGACUUCUUCCCCAACGGCGGCACUCCCAUCCAGCCCGGAUGCUGGCUCACCGAGCUCUUCCUUCAUCGCGAACUUAGAUACUUCAUUGCGUGCAGCCACAACCGGGCGUGGAUGUACUACGCGGAGUCGGUGAACCGAGAGUACGCAUUCGAAGCGACAGCGUGCAACAACUACCACCUCUACCUGCACGGCAAGUGUCCGGGUGAGCCGAUACGUGGCGUCGCCUACGACCGACCGCAGCCCGAUCGCCAGUACAUGGGCAUUGCCGCUCAUCCCAAUUUACGAGGGAAAUUCUACCUGAAGACGAACCAGGUUGCGCCGUAUGGAAAAUCAAGCUCCUGACCCACCUUUGCGAACUAGAGAUUUCAAAAGACUUAACGACUUUAAAUAUAAAAAUGUUGACUGGUUUAGGGGAUAUUGCCAAUAACGGGACAUCGUGUCCAAAGUGUUGUAAUCUUAAGCGUGAAGUGGCUCAUUUUAUACAUAAUGUUACCUACUUGCUCAAGGACUUGAAAAAUCUAGAUCAUUACCAGAGAUCUACACUGUUACCAUAAACUAGGUUUAAGUUGAAUAGAAAAACUGGAAAUACUAUUCAGCCUCUUUCUUGUUUGUAUUUGAAUCGUACACUAUUUGGAUCUCAGUACCUGAUAGCUUAAAAUUCUAGGGUUCUAUGAUAUUAAGGAAAAAUUCCUUAAAAAAUUGUAAAAUAAUAAUCAUCAUGUGCUUAGAAGUUGAAUGAGAUUGAAGACCAUUAUAUUGUAAGAUAGGCCAUUUUUGACUAGUUUCAACAAUCCUCUGGUUGGGCCUCAAUUGAUAGCCUUUGGUAGGGAUUAGCUGACAAUCAAAAAACUGUACACUUAGCGGUUCUUAUGCCCAGAGAAUCUAGAAUAUAAUUACAUUCUAUACAUUUGACAUUGUAUUACAUUCUUUAAUCUUUGUUCUUGCCUUUUUCUUUCUUCUUUGUAAAUUUUUCUUAUUAAUAUUGAUACUUGAGCAUUGAAAUAUUUGAUCUUAGCAUUUUGUAAUUUCCUGUUCCAAAGACUUCGAUGCUAUAAUAGUAAGACUUUAUAGCACUGUAACAAAAUACUUCGACGGAUAAUAGUAAAAGUUGUCUAUUGAAAAAUACAUUUGGUUCUCAUUAGCUUAGCAAAUUGGCCUUUCUCAAUUAUUAGUGUUGUGGGUGAAACGAGCUGAUUCAUUGAACAUUACAAAACAUGCAUGAGAAUAAUCAUCAGCAUGUAUUAUUACAUCCUGGAGUUUAAUAUAUGUGAAUAUCAUCGUACUAACUCGAAGCUAUUUCUCUUUUACUUGGGUGGGUAAACUUACAGACUUUUUUUGUACAGAGUAUUAUUAAUACUCGUAUGCAUCUUUAUUGAUUGCUAGAUUUAUUGGUUUGUCAUAUACAUUCAAUGAUAUGCGAAAAUAAAAGAUUUGUAACAAAAUUCA